AUUUUCGGAUUUUAAAGUUCCGAAUUAUUUCGGAAUCUUAGAUUCCGAAAUUAAUUCGUGAUUUUUAGUUCAAAAUACAUCUAACACCACACUUUUGAGUAAAAAACCACACUUUUGAGUAAAAAAGUGCUUCGGAAACCUUAUUUCCGAAAUAUUUCGGAAACUGAGUUUCCGUAAGUGGGGUGACAUUUCUAAUGGUUGGGGUGCCAAAUCUAAUGAUCCCCUCUUACUACCUAAUCGUGCUCUUUAUCUUCCUCCUCCGUUCGAGCUGGCCUGAACGAGACCUCAUCCGUCGUCAACCCCAGCGUCAGUUGCGUGCUUGAGUUCUUCUCUGCCGUGCCGUCGUGCUUGGUCAGGGACCUUGUUUUCCGACGCAGUAAACAGUUGCUUUGUUUGAAGUAGUUCGAUUAGCAACAAUGGCUUCCAAAAAAAGAGCAACAAAGGUUGAUGAUAGGAUAAGCAAGUUGCCAGAUGAAGUUUUGUGUCGCAUUCUCUCAUUUCUUCCGACUGAAGACGCUGUUGCCACCAUUGUUCUCUCCAAGAGAUGGAGACCACUCUGGCCUUCAGUCUCUACCCUAGACUUGGUGGACGAUCGGUAUAACCAUGGCAAGAAAUCGAAAUCGUACUCUUUCUUCAACAAAUUUGUGUAUGCUGCCAUUCUCUCACGAGGUUGGAAUCAACCCAUCAAAAACUUUAAACUCGUAUAUGACUGUCACGAUGGUCCAGAUUCCGAUCUUAAGGUAUGGUUAAACGCCGCAAUACAACGCCAAGUUGAGAAUCUCGAAAUCGAGCUUACCGAUUCACAAAUGCCUUGCUCUAUUCUCAGAUGCACAACCCUUGUUAUUCUCAAGUUGGAUUCUGUAACUUUUGAUGCCUUUACUUCUGUUUACCUGCCCUCACUCAAGACACUGCAUUUGUUUGAGGUGGAUUUGGUAAAGGCUCAAUGUUUGAUUGACCUUCUUUAUGGGUGUCCAAUUCUUGAAGAUUUGAAAACUCAGAUAUAUUUUCGAGAUGGUUCAUUUGAGGGGAAGGUUAAGACUUUAUCCAAGUUGGUAAGAGCAGAUGUUUUUCUCGAUGGGCAUUUCAUCAUUCCUGUGAAAGCUUUUCAAAAUGUAGAGUUUCUGCGCAUAGAAGAGGUUUGCAUAGACGAGGGCGAUGUGGGCAUUCCUGUGUUUCCCAAUUUAAUUCAUAUGGAGCUCAGCUUUGGAGGCUCUAUAAAUGGGAGUGUGGCGCUUGAUAUGCUCAAUCACUGCCCUAAGCUUCAGACUUUUGUCUUUGAACUAACUGAUGAUGACAACUUUUGGCUAUACCCACCUUUGGUUCCUAAAUGCUUUUCUUCACAUCUUAGGAAAUGCCUUCUUACAAAAUUUACAGGAUUGGGAUGUGAGAUGAGAUUUGCAAGGUAUGUUAUGCAAAACUCAACAUCCUUACGUACCAUGACAAUUGACAGUAAUUGUCAAAAUCAAAAGAAAGAGGUUCAAAUGAUAAAAGAGUUGGCCUCAUACCCAAGGAGCUCUUCAAUCUGUGAACUUUUAUUUAAGUAAUUGAUAUACUGCUAAGUCAUUGGAAAUUAUUCCUUAAAUGACUGCAUUUGUUCUUAGUUUCACAUUUAUUUAAUGUAUCUGCUGGUUUUGAUGCUUUUGAUCGACACAUACUUUGUCUCUUUGUACUCUUUCUGCUGUUAUUGUUAAGAAAAUUGCUGAUCUCAUGCA